UUCGUUGCGUAAUCACACAACCUUCUUCCUGGAUUUAAAAUUCAUUAGCAGCAGUUCCACCCUUUCUGAAACUACAGCCGGGCGUCUGGGCUGCUCAGCCGGAGCAGCUGCUGGAGCUACAAAGCCUUUUUUCAUCCGCUGCCAAAAUGGGAGUGAUAUGGCUUCCCAACCAAUCUAGGCUUCUGUGUUUUGCUUUCCAUAUCAUCUUCAUUCUGUUUCAGCAGACUACUGCAGAAAGAGAACUGAAGUUUGUGGUCGUAGUUUUCCGACAUGGUGACCGAACACCAGUUGUAAACUUUCCAACUGAUCUACACAAAGAAAGUGAAUGGCCCCAGGGAUUUGGACAACUUACCAAGACUGGAAUGCAGCAGCUAUAUGAACUUGGACAGUACAUGAGGCAAAGAUAUUCCAACUUUCUGAACAGCACAUACAACCGGCAAGAGUUUUAUAUUCAAAGUACAGAUUAUGAUCGCACCAUUAUGAGCGCUCAGUCAUGCCUUUCUGGCCUCUUUCCACCAACUAGCAGCCAAAUCUGGAACCCUGAGCUUCCCUGGCAACCUAUCCCAGUUCAUAUUGUGCCAAAAUCAUCAGACCGGAGGCUGCAUUUUCCUCUGGAUGACUGCCCCCGUUUUGAUGAACUUCAGAAUGAAACCCAAACAUCUAGUGAAUUUCAAAACAGAAUACAACCAUACAUGGAUUUUUUACAAAUGAUGGCAGUUAAUACAGGACUUGAACUAAACAAUCUUAAAAUACUGGACAAUUUCCAGCUCUGGAAUACGUAUGACACACUACAUUGUGAGGGUAUUCACAACUACACUCUCCCUGCAUGGGCCACCAAAGAUGUAAUAGACAAGAUGGAAAAACUGGCAGAAUUGUCCUUACUAUCAUUAUUUGGGCUUUAUAAAACAGAAGAGAAGUCACGACUACAAGGAGGUGUCCUUGUGAAUACUAUUUUAAAAAGUAUUAAACAAGCUGCUAAUUCUUCGAGAGAAAGAAAAAUGGAGGUCUAUUCUGCACACGACACCACAAUUGGGGCCCUCCAGAUUGCUCUCAAUAUUUUCAAUGGAAAACUGCCACCAUAUGCUGCUUGCCAGUUUUUUGAGCUUUAUCAAGAAAGCAGUGGGCAAUAUAGCAUUGAAAUGCAUUAUCGGAAUGAUACCUCAGAGGAUCCUUACCUACUCACUCUGCCAGGAUGCACCUCUGCUUGUCCACUUCAGAAGUUCGCUGAACUCCUUUCUCCUAUGAUUGCAGAAAACUGGUCAAAAGAAUGUGGGAAGAAAGAUAAAAUGAAAGAUAUAUUUAUAGGAUUUGAUGUUGCUGUCAGCUUGUUGUUCAUUUUUGACCUUGUAUUGCUCUAUCUCCUUUAUCAUUAUGGACGCUGCAGGCGCAGAAACAAUUAUCAAGACCUUUAAAGGAGAGGUAAAAGAAUGAAAGAGAGAGCAGCUAGAUAUUAGGCUUAAGGUUGUUCUGGUUUAUAUCCAUGAGUUACCUCUCACCAAAUGAAUCUCCAAAGCAUAUUCAAUAAACCAGAAGAGGAGAAGUAUCUGUGGCUUGGCUCCUAAAAGACUAAACAUACGCAGUAAGAAAUACCAUAGCAAUAAGUUACUGUUACGAAUUUUCUUUAGUUACUCCAAUUUCUAUCUUUAAGUUUUCCACUAUUAUAAUCAUUACCAAGUUAACCAGUGGGGACAAGGAGGACUAUUACCUAUGCAUAUUUUUGCUGUUGCCCAUUACUGUUUAGCCCUCUGCUUCUCUAUUGCCCUGCUCAAAGAGUCUUUCUUGAAAAUCACAGUCUGUAAUGUUUUUCUCAACUUCUUACAAAUGGCUGUUUUGUUGAUGUGCAGGAACAUGUUUUCAGCAUGCAAAAGUUGCAAUUAUUGUGUGAAAAAGAUUUGUACCAAUACCUGGAUGUACAGUUUCUGCAUUUAUUCAGGCAAAUCUAUGCAUGGGUUUUGACCAUAGCCUCCAGGUAAUAAAAGCUGUCAGCCUGUUUUUCAAAGGAGCUAUGCUACCACAGCUCUCAUUGAAAUUAGUAGAAACUGGGCUGCUCUGUCACAUAUCCAGGCAUCAAGCAAGAAGCUUAGGACACCAGGAUCUUGGUCAGGGCCCAGAGUUUCAAUAACAUGGGUAAGUAGAUACAUUUAAAUCUACUUUUUGUUCCUAUACUUCUUUCCUGUUAUUCCGAGCCCUCAGUCAUGAACAAUCCUUUGCCUUGCAUCUGUUCUGAUUCCACAAGUGCACCUGUUCUGCUUCAGGUCCCUCCUAUAACAUCAGUUCUGUGAGCCACUCUUAGAAUGAUUCCUUCAGCUAUGGCUCUGUUCAUCACCUUUCAUUUUAAUUUACAGUAUCUCCUUGCUCCGCUCAAAAUGGCUUACAUGCAAGACAUGCAUUGAAAGUAAGAAGACAGUGAUUCUACUUUUUGUAUGUUGAUUUCUUCUGUGAACCAUAUUUUGUUUGUUUAGACUGUAAGCUCCUAAGGGCAGGGAAUGUGUUUCCAUGCUAGUCUCUAGUAUCAUAAACUAGUAUCAUAAAUACUGAUAUUGCUGUAUAAAAUACUGUUUAUCAUUAUAUGCUUCAAGACUUUUAUCCUGUAGUCCUGUAGAGGAUACUGUGAACCAUAUUACUGUGGAGAAGCCUGUUUUAAAAUCAAGACAUCUACACAGACAGGUGCCAACAGCUGCUUCAGCCAGACAGAUACAAUGAGCAAUAGCGUGCUCAAGCUAAUGAGUCCUGUUGAGGUACAGAAAUCUAGAGAAAGCUGAGAGAUGGAGAUGUUUAGCUCAGGCACAGCAUCACACCAAUGUGGAUACACUGCUUCUGGACUGACUUUGGCUUACAUCUGUGGCUUGCAGCUUGGAGCACAGGAGCCUGGGUCAGCUAGCACUCAUCUACAGAGACCUGUCCGCAAUCUCUGCAAGCGCUGCUCCAUUUACAAUUCUUGUAAUUGCCAUGGAAAUGUUCUCUCAGAAGGCAACAAAUUUCUGCCCCUUCUCACCACUGCAGCAACUUCAUUAGCACUUCUGCUUGAGUGGAGGGAAGAUCUGAUCUGUCUCCUGUUUCAGAGUGCAACUAUGCAGGAGUAAACAGGACCCACUAUCAUUUGAACAUACCCAAGGACUGCAAUCCUGUAUCAUCCUUGCAUCAUCACUACACAGUAAACUCUCCUGUCUCUUCCACAGACCCAAGUGACUUCACAGAAUCACUUCCUCAGAGCACAUGGAGGCAUCAGUGAAGCACCCAGAUAUUACAGCCAUGGAUGCAUAUAAAUGUGACGUAAUUAGAGGCAUGGAUACUAAAUAGCAUAAAUUAAAUGGAAUAGCAAAGACCUGUGGGAAUAUAGCAAGCAUCUUCCAAGCAUCAUUGCCUGCUUCAGCUCCUGAGGAGUCCAGCUUUUGAAGCAGUGUCCCCCACUCAGUAACAAGCUCUUACUAACAUCCCUGAUGUAUCCACUAUAUCUAUUUCGGGAAAUGUCAUAAUCAAAUAAUAGAUUUGAUUCUUCCAUGGUAAGGAUGUUUUAUUGUACAAUGGUUUGGGGCAAAGCUGUCAAAAAGAUGAAAGACUAUCCUUAAAUCAGAUGUUUUGGCUGUACCAGCUUCACAGAUUGCAACUAGCAGUUCUGAUCCUGUGUGCAAAAACUUAAAGUUUUGACUGCAGUCAAAAGUGUUGUAGCAGCUCUAGGAAAUAAGCCUGAACUGAUUUGGUUACUGUUGGCAAUACACUCACAGUAGGACACAGCUCAGCACAAACUGCAUAACCGAAUCUGACUCCUACAUACAUAUAUCCAGUGGCUACCUCAUGCCGAGCUCUCUAUUACUAUAGCCACACUGCUGGUGGUACUCACUUAAACCUAGAUUGGGUAUGUUUCAGAUGCUUCACAAGUGAAGAUGUAUCAUUGACUGAUAACAUGUAGUAAGAAGAACUGGUUUUGAGAAAUUAGAAAGUCAGUUAGUGGCACUACACAAGAAGAAGAACAGGGCGUGUUUUUCCAGGAUUGCUUCUUACAAAAAGAAGUACACCCAGACAGAAAGUAAAAUCUGUUGUGAUUUUUGAGACAUCUUUUGUGGUUUAUGCUACUUAAGUCUAAGCUGUUACAGAGAAUUUCAGGAUAUGUGGCAAUUCUAGUUGCAGCAGGUGCUUUCAUGAAGUAAUUUUAUUGUAGGGACACCUUCUUAUUAACAGAUAGAAGUCAUACUUGAAAAUGUCCAUGUACUUUUAGAGAGGAUCCGGUGAACACAGGUUACAUGAAAUGUAAUGGAUAGGUUCAGAUGCGGUAACUUCAGAACUAAUAUUAUGGUGAUGGAAGACAAAGAUGUGAUACGAUAGUAACAUAGGCCCUGAAUCUCAUUUAUAGUAGAGACUCUUUGCCUUACUCCGAUUUAGUCAAGUAUAGUUUCUCCAACGGUGUAAAAAGUUGUGAGUGUCAGACACGCUUGUGGCCUUUUUCAUUUUCUAGCUAUAUUUACAAUUUGCUCAUUACAAUCUGCAGACUGUGCGCAAUUAGAAAAUAUAUUGUCUCCCAAAAACUUGUAACACUGCAGAAAAAACUAAAGAAACAAUACAGAAUUUAUAAUUAUAUUUGAGUGAACAGUAAUAGAGCUUUCUGUAUGCCUAUAGUUUCCAAGCAAAGAUGAAUGUUCACAUUUGCUCCUUUUCAAACAACAGAUUUUCAAAACACUGUUGCUUUGACAUUAAUAGGGCUGAUGACAUCAAGCUUUUCUGUUUGUCCUUUGGGAAUGCCAUCAUCUUCCUCUAUUAUAACUAUGGUAGCAACUAGAAUCUCUGUGGCAGGGUUUACCAGUGCAUUUGGCAGACAACAAGGUAUACACAGCACUUUCCGACUCUGUCAGCAACUACCUUCCCCUGCUGAAUUUAUUUCAUUCUGGAGCUUUUUCAUUCACAGUCCUAAAUAUUGCACAUAUCGGGACAGCAAGCUGUCUGACUUCUAGGAUAAUAGUGGCUCACUCUGGAGCACUCAGGUUCACUUGUACCCAUCAAUGUGGGGACAGUUGAUCCAAAUGAUACUAUUUUCUCUCAUUUAAUAACAUUUUCUCAGGUGUGGUAACAUAAAGCAAAUAGCAUUACAAAUACACUGUACUAAAAAAAUCAGUUCAGUCCAAAAAUCUUGAGUUUGGGUUAAAAUCCAAAAGACAAAGGUUAUGUUUCUGUGUUUUCUCCACAAACAAAAAAGGCUAGAAAUUCUACUCUAUAAAGAAGAAGAAAUAUUUACAGUGAUAGAAUCUGAAAUUGAUAAUGAGGUUAGAUAGUGGUUUAUUCUCAGGUAUAUAUAAUCUUGGCCUUUAGGAAUCCAUGUAGAGCUGAUCUCAGUAAUAGUGUAUAGCAUUGCACUCUUGGCAUGAAAUGCCUGAAAACACUAUUCUCUUUAAAACAUUUCUUGUCAGUAAACAUGGGGAAGAAAGGUGGACAUUUACCUACAGAGGGCUAGCUUUAUUGAUGUAUUCUAUAAUGCUUCUUCAUCAUAAGUUGCCAAGUAUUAACACUCAAGUAAAUAUAGAUAAGUUGCUGCUGAAAUAACAGCAAACCCUUUGAACAAUUACAUUACAAGGUCUCUUCUAUGACUAGGCAACUUCACUUCUAAAGGGAUUUUAAGACUAGCAAGGCCUGCAAGACAACAGCUGAGACAUCAGACACAAUUUGGAAAGAGAUUUAGAAAACAUGUCCAAAGUCCAGUUGUGCUAAUUUCUAUGAUUUCUCCUAACGUAGAGCAAUGCCACUACUUCCUCUGCUGAUCCUCAUAGUAGAGUGUCAGAUUCAUCCUUCCUGUAGACUGAGAUUACAGUGUUCUUUUUAAAAAGUCUGUGGGGACAGAAAAGAUACUAUUUACUAUAUAGAAAGUUCAAAAUAGAUAGUGGCAAAAGAAAACAGUCCUGGCUCUAGUUCUCUUUUUCUAUAUUUAAUAGGAGGUAUGUCAAAAAAAGGUAAUCUGUCUGUGUCUUGGUUAUGACAGCUAACUUUCAUUCUCUUCCUAUGGGGAGCCCUUGCUUUCAAUAGACAUACCUAUUCUGCUAGCUCAUCUAUCCUCUGAAGUACAGAAAGAGAAGUUGUAAGACACAGGAUGAUUAUAAAGCCUUUUCUCUAGUAAGAUGGAAAUUAAAAGGAUAUAUGGACUAGAAAAAAUGUAACUUAAGGCCCAAACAGGCAAGUGCAUGUCCUCUAUUCUCUUUUUCAUCUGCAUGAUGUUACAUUAUGCUUUGAAUACCAGUUCUCUGUAAGGAAUUCACAUUCUCCAUCAUUAAAUGGUGUUGUCAUUAACAACUGUCUCAUUUCAGCCUUAAGAGGAAUUCCAUUUUCUGUAGAAUUGCAGGCAAGUGUACAGUGAGUACAAUUACUUAAUAAUUAUUUACCAGAUGCUUCAGACAAAUAUCUCUGAACAAAAUGCCAGGAGAUUCUCAUAACCAUAGCAUACAUUAUCAGAAGCAGCCUAAGGGCUCUAAGCAAACUUUCUUCUAUAUUGGAAUGAAGUAACUGCCACUUUAAAGAAUACAAAAGCACUCUGACUCUUCUUGAGUAUGUCAUUUUGUAAUGACCUAUCUUUCUGCAAACAGUUUUAAGAUGUAGCCCUAAGCAUAUCUGUUAUCAAAGAGAACACAAAGAUUUACACAGGGCCCUCAAUGAUGAGGGGUCUUAACUGUUUAAGGCAGAGACCAAAUAUCCUGAAAUAAUAAACUCUAGAAGUACUGCAUUGCUGAUACAGAAAGUUCUUACAGGCUUUUACUGGCUCAAAGGAAAUUCCAACAGAACUGGAAACACUACAGGAACAAUCAUACAAUAGUAUGAUUUUUGGAGGUUCUUAACAAUAAAAUCUGAGAUUUUUUGAAAAUUAACUCUUCUGUCAGGAAAUGAUUGGCAUGGUCUGGAAGGCAUUCCUUCUAUUCUCCAAGGAGGAGCUUUUGUUUUCCACUAUGUGCUUACUCACACAUUGAGCCCUAGUAAAUGCUACUAUGACAAGAGGGAGGGAGAAGGAAAACUGUGCACAUCAGGCCACCCCAUCCUCAAAAUCAAUCUUUUAUUUGUAUGCCAAGCAAUACUGAUAGCAUGCUAAAAUUGCAAAUCCUGAAAUGAACUUGGAUAAUCUAUAUGUUCUAUGAUGUACAGUUUGUAAAGUUAUUCCAUGGUGUUUUAAGGAAGAUAAAAGCAGGAGAAAGCAUCUCAAAGAC